GAAUUGAGUUGUGUAAAAGUUGGAUGGAUAGGGAGCACAGCUGAUCGUUGUACCACUGUCAAGUUCAUAAAUGUUGUGAAGUGUGAUAAUGUUUGCAAGAUAUCAGUGUAAAUUAUUCAAUGUAUCAACCUGUUUGAGCAUAAUAAUCGAAAGAAUUACCUUUCAUAUUGUUAUCGACCAUUAAUCGGUGAUCAGCUUCCAAAUAUGCUGUCAUAACCAUACAUUUGGAUAAUAAUUUCUUAGAAAUUUCGAAAAUUAUCAUUCUAAACAAACAGUAAAGUGCUGCAAGUAUUCCUUGACGGUGUGCUUGUAUUCUCUUAAAAUUAUUUAGGAUGGUUAUGGACGAUGUCGAAUCUUUUUCUCGCUUUAUUGAUCCACAAGUUGCAUUUGAGUUCGAUUUCAUCAAGAGUGCCCUGUCAUCUGAAACCACGAGUGACCACAGGUGUUCGGUCCCCUCUUGCACGGAUAUCACAAGUGGGGACGACACCUCGACACUGCUGGAUUUUUUCAGCGAUCCUAGUAUCGACCUUAAAUCAGGCGACGACUUGGAUGAAGAUAAAUCGGAGAUAGUAAUGUUUCCAAACACUAUUCCUCAGCAGUCAAAUACCAGUCAAAGUGUCACUUAUAGAGGAUCCUUCACCACAACAACAAGACCCGUGACUUCGGCAGAUAGCCCCUCCAUGGUGAAUGCCUGGUUCAAUCCCGAGAAAGCCUUCUCCCUCAACAUCCUUCCCCAGCAGCCUGUACCAGGGCUUGCAGAUCUUGGCUCCCCCCUUCCCAGCCUCGGACAAUCACCAUCUACCUCACAAUAUGCAGUCUCUCAGGCUGGUCCCUCUUUUGAGGCUGGCGAACCCUCGGGUAGCGAGUCAGCCUUCGCCCUUGGCUGCACUACAGAUCCCGCACAACAAGAGCUUCUCUUGCAUUUGAGCGUUGCAUCGCAAUUCGACCCAUCUUCUUUCAUUGUAAAACAACCACCUGUGUAUAGUUCCUGUUCCAGUCAUACCAUCACCUCACCUGACGCAUUGCUCGCCGCUGGCGGCUUAACCGCUCAGUCCAUGUUGAAUCCCACCGCCGAUGAUUUCUUCGACAGAUCCCAAACACAUUCUUUCUCCAAAUAUCCCUGGACAAAUUUCCAGAGUUCCCUCACAGAGUUCUGCCCACCCGGUGCCGGUGCUACCACUCAAUUGGACAGUGGUGGUCCCUCGACAUCGGCCCUGUCCUCUAGGUUAGAGAAUGAGCUUGGGAUCGUCGUUGAAGCUACUGCUACUCUCGCUGAGUACAAUCAAUCGACAAGCAAGGGCCAUGAAAUCUUAAACCAGACUUUCCAAAACAGUCCUGUACCUCUCAAACUCUUACCUGUAAAACCUCGCAAGUACCCCAACCGCCCCAGCAAAACGCCAGUCCAUGAGAGACCUUACGCUUGCCCAAUCGAUCCCUGUGAUAGAAGGUUUUCCCGCAGCGAUGAGCUUACAAGGCACAUUCGAAUUCAUACUGGACAGAAACCUUUCCAAUGCCGAGUCUGCAUGCGGUCCUUCAGUCGAUCUGACCAUCUCACUACGCAUAUACGAACGCAUACUGGAGAAAAACCAUUUUCCUGUGAUACAUGCGGUCGAAAAUUCGCCAGGAGUGAUGAGAAGAAACGGCAUGCCAAAGUUCAUUUGAAACAGAAGACAAAGAAGUAUGGAAGAUCUGGAAAUUCUGCAGGCAAUGAUGGCAACUUAGACGGAUCCGGCGGCUGUGCUGCUCUACAAGGACCCAGUUGCCAGUGAUUUGUACAUAUUGUUGAUUAUAAUGAAUAGCAUUACUAUUAAGUUGCAAAUGUUGCUUAACAUGGCAAUGUAUUUGUUUCAAAAGAAAAAUUUUGAAAAAAAAAAAUUUCCUUGCGCCAAUACUAUAUUCAUUCCUAACCCAAGCAGUGCAAAUUUGCUGUAUAUUAUUAUACAACUUUGGGCAAUAUUUGGCACUAAUUGGUGAUAUAUUCUUUUCAAUAAUUAAAUCAUCCGAAUUUCUAGAUGCAUACGAAACCUGAUGCACAUUUAUAAUUCAGUACAGUUCAUAAAACUUUAGAAAAAUAAUUUUACUAUUUUCGUGCUGAAAUAGUUUAGAAUAAAUCCCUUUCCCUUUAAUUUGCUUUCUAUUUAUAAUUCCUUCUUCUUCUUCUUUUUUUUUGGAGGGGGGGGGGGCAGUAUCAGAUAAUCUAUCUUAAUUUUUGCUUUUAAUUCAGGGAGUAACCGUGAAAAAGAAGUAUAUUUCAAGCAAAAAUUUACUGAUAAUAUAUCUGGUGCGUAAUUGCACUCUAAUGAUAAAGCACUUACUACAGAAUGAGAAUUUUAAUGGUUGAACAUAUUAAUAGAAAUAUCACUGAAAGUCAUAAUGGGUUUUGCAGAUGGCAGAUAAUAAUCAUUUCACGAUUGCUCAUACAUUUAUAGUAAUUAAACCGGUGAUAAAACCUGUGAUAAAGGCUUUGCUUAGAAAUGAAUUACUUCUUUUCUUAAAGAAGGAUAACGUUUUGUGGAUCUAAAGUAGUGAAAUAGGACUUAUAUGAAAUCCUGCAAGAUAUAUUAUUCCAAAUCUUUUCUUCUGUUUUGUUUAGUACAUUUUUGAUUACUUAAUAAGAAAUUUUAAAAUGUAUAUUUUCAUUACACUAUAAUUAUAUCUAAAACUAGUCUGUAGCACACUUCCAUGUUAGUAUAAAUAAAUAUAUUAAUUGUAACAGGAUUUUCUUGAAUGGUAAAUUAUUCGAUAGAGCAUGAAUAGUACUCUAGAAAUAUACUAUAGAACUUCAUAUAUAAAAAAAUUAUUUUACCCUAAAAUUUUCUUAGUUGAAGAUAGUUGAAAUACAAUAGACAAAAGAAUAAUCACUUACCACAGCGCUGUAGUUCGGUUUGCAGGAAUUAAUAUAAUUUCUAAAAAUAAUAUAAUGAUGUAUAAAUUGCCUUAACUAAGGCUUAUGAACUAUUGAAAGCAAAAUUUUGUUUCGUACUUUAGCUCACUUCAGCAAAGUAUAUCUACAUUUUUGUAAAGGAGCUAUUAGAUUAUCGAAAAUUAAGAAAUUCAACAUGCAGUAAGAUGAUUUUAUCGAAUUUAAAUAUAUUCUUUCAGCAUUUAAAUGUUCCAUCUAUUAAUUAAGUGUUUUUCAUAAACUACGUAACUCUAUAACUUGGAAUGAUAUUUUUAUAAAUUCCUAUUUUAUCAUUUAAGAAUAUAUACAUAUGUGCGUUUACAUGUGUAUACGCACACAUGUAUACUUGGAUAUGUAUAUACAUGCAUGCGCAUAUAUGCAUGUUUAUAUAGUAACAGAUGAUCUGGCGUCACUAGUUACAGAUUACUAUUAUAUUAUAGAAAUAAUAUGAAUGUAUAUAUUGAGACUAUUUUUUGAAAAUACGUCUGAAACGAAAAUUGUGUCAAUGUAAAUGUUGUGCCAUGGAUAUAUAUUUUUUUCUUCGUAUUUUGUUCAUAACUGUGCCAUAAAAUGCAAAGAUAUAUAAUCGUUGAAGUGUGUAACAAAUCGUUAACAAAUGUUUUAUCUCUUUUUGUUGAACUAUGGAUGUUUUAACUGUUAUUUGUUGUUCGCUAAAUAUAUAUAUAUAUAUAUACUAUGUUGUUUUAUUUAACAUGUUAUUUACACUUAAAAACAUCGGUAAGGCUCGUUUCUGGCUUCUUCAUCUUAAUCGUUUUAACCCAUCUGUGAGCGAAGCACAAGUCAUGUAGUGUUUUUGAUUUCCUCUUGAUGGCAUAAUGCUUUAUGUGUGUAUAAGAAUCAUUUCAUUUUUAUUGAUGUUUUCAGAAAUAGCUGUAGUCCAGUGCUAGAUGUACAUUUUAUGCUUACUGAUAUUUUCCAUUUCACAUGUCAUAACUAAGUCAUAAUUUUAAUCUGAAUGUGUUUAGAAGUCUAGUUGUAUUUGUUGCUUGUCUAACCGUGCUUUGAUGUAAUACGUAAAAAUAAUACUUGCCAAAAAUUUGAAAAUCGAUAUUUACUUCUUGAUAGUCAGUCAUAUGUUACAAAUAUUUAUAUGUCUAAUGUUUUUAAGUCCUUAAUACAACGCUAUUUGACUUUUAUGCAAUGCAUUUCAAUUUUGGAAUUUUCAUUUUUGAAAAAGAAAACAUGUUCUCUCAAAAGAACAACACCGACGAGUUCAAACUAUUAAUAGAUGAACACUGAUUAGUAGACUUUGGUUAAGAACGACUAGUCAAAUUAAUUUUGUAGAUCUCUCUUCAAAUCAGAAAUUUUUUUAAACUGGAUACUCUUUCUUGCUUUUGUUAUUUAAGUUUAACAAUGACAGUGUAUAUGUUGAUUUCAAGUAACGUAUGAAUGAAAAAGGAAUUUUAUUCUCUUGAAUGAAAAGUUAUUGAAAAAAUGUCUUGAAAUCAAUAAAUUGCUAUAAUUCAAACGCUUGGAAUUAGAACAAAAUAAAAAUUGUUCCUGCACAUUGUUUUAAAGAAAAAUAAGAACAUUGUUCCGGAACAUUAUUUUCAAACUCUUUAAAUAUAAACAAAAUAAAUUC